CGGACCGGGCCUCAGAGUGAUCAGUUCAGGCUCUCUGCAGACUCAGGCAGAUGUUGGGUCAUGUUCUCCAGAUUUUCUGCGCACCUAUGACAGCUAGAAAUAUGUAUUUUCCCUUGGUGAAAACUGAAGUCCUGCUGCUAACUGUGCAUUCUGGGCACUUAGUACAUGUCUCUUCCUGUCUCUGGUUUCAUCUUAUUCUGUGCUUAGCCUUUCGCAGUUCAGAAGUGAUUAAAUGAAAACCUUUAACAUGGAAAACUCAUUGAGACCACCAGCUGCUUUCUAGGGCCAGAUAUUGCCCUGCGGCAGGUGUGGAGCAUUCUGUGGCAUGUGGAAGUGGAAUCAGCUGGGAAUAAAGCAUCAUCUUGUGAUUGUAAAUCGUGCCAAACCAACUAUCGGGCUGGGGGGUGUUGAGUGACGGUGCCAUGAUUAGGUCCUCUCUUAAUUAAGCUCUUGGCUCAGGGGCCCUCUGGAAGUGGGGUCCUGACAGUGGAUGGCACCAGAAAGAGAAGGAGAAACCUAACAGUGUGUUUGAAUUCAGCAGCUCGUUCCACCUGACUGGGAUCAUGCCUGGCCCGGCAGCAGGGUUCCCUGACCCGGCCGGGAUCUCCCGGCUGGAGCAAGGGGAAGAGCCCAGGGUCCCGGAUCUCCAGGGCUCCAAGGAAGGGGAGAUCCCGAGAGGUGCCCGCGGAGCAUGUGCCAGGACGGAGGAGAAUCUGCAGUGGGAAGGGCCUGCAGCAACGGAGUCUUACGGCAGCCCCAAGCAAGGGGAGGGCCGGCCCGACUGGGAGACAGUGUGCGAGAGCCCCCUGCAGGAGAUCCUGGUGCACCAGCGCACCCACAUGGGUGAGAAGCCCUACAAAUGCCCCGAGUGUGGGAAGAGCUUCCACCAGAGCUCCCACCUCAUCCGGCACCAGCGCAUCCACACCGGGGAGCGUCCCUACAAAUGCGGCGAGUGUGGCAAGGCCUUCAGCCAGAGCUCACUGCUGACUCGGCACCAGCGCACCCACACCGGGGAGAGACCCUACAAAUGCCCCGACUGCGGGAAGAGCUUCAGCCGUGGCUCCAACCUCAGCCAGCACCAGCGCAUCCACACCGGGGAGCGCCCCUACAAAUGCACUGAGUGUGGGAAGAGCUUCACGCUCAGCUCCCACCUGAUCCGCCAUCAGCGCACGCACACGGGCGAGCGGCCCUACAAAUGCGGCGAGUGUGGCAAGGCCUUCACCGAGAGCUCCCACCUGCGCCAGCACCGCCGCACCCACCGCUGCGAGCCGCCCUACAAGUGCCCCGACUGCGGGCGCGCCUUCGCCCUGAGCCUGGACUUUGUGCAGCAUGUGCGUGAGCACACGGAACGCCGCCCCUACCGCUGUGGGGCAUGCGGACGUUGCUUCCCCCUCAGCUCGGCCCUCUCGCAGCACCGCAAGAGCCACCAUCGUCCCACGGCCGCCCCCAAGGCCCACCCAUGCGGGGUGUGCGGGAAGGUGUUUGGGAAGAGUUCGCACCUGGUGACCCACCGGCGGGUGCAUACGGGCGAGAAGCCCUUCGCCUGUGCGGAGUGCGGGCGCGGCUUCAGUCAGAGCGCCGACCUGGCGAAGCACCGGCGCACCCACACCGGCGAGCGGCCCUACCGCUGCCCCGAGUGUGGCAAGAGCUUCAGCGUCUCCUCUACCCUGGUCAAGCACCAGCGCAGCCACAAGGGUGAGCGGCCCUACCCCUGCCCUGAAUGUGGCAAGUGCUUCAGCCAGAGCUCCAACCUCAUGCAGCACCAGCGUAGCCACCGCGGGCACCGGCCCUACCACUGCACUGAGUGCGGCAAGGCCUUUGCCCAGAGCUCAGCCCUCCUGCAGCACCACCGCACCCACACCGGUGAGAAGCCCUUUGCCUGCCUUCAGUGUGGCAAAGCCUUCAGCCUCAGCUCCAACCUGCGGCAGCACCGGCGCACGCACCGCCGGCCCUACCAGUGCCCCGAGUGCGGGAAGAGUUUUGCGCGCAGCACCCUCCUGAUCCGGCACCAGCGGAUCCACACGGGCGAAAAGCCCUACAAGUGUGGGGAGUGCGGGAAGAGCUUCUACCAGAGCUCCAACCUGGCACAGCACUGGCGCACCCACACCGAGGAGAAACCCUACAGAUGCCCUGACUGUGGGCGGGGCUUCCGCCACAAUGCCCACCUAGCGCAGCACCGGCGCACCCACACUGGCGAGCGCCCCUUCCCCUGCGCCCAGUGCGGCAAGGCCUUCAGCCAGCGCUCCAACCUGCUGCAGCACCGGCGCACCCACACCGGCGAGCGCCCCUUUGUCUGCACCCACUGCGGGAAGGGCUUCAGCGACAGCUCCAAUCUGCUGCAGCACCUGCGCACCCACACGCCGGAGAGACCCUAUCAGUGCCCCGAGUGUGGGCGCAGCUUCCGCCACGGCAAGCACCUGACCCAGCACCGCUCCCUGCACACAGGCCAGAAAUCCCACUGCUGUCCUGACUGCGGGAAGGGCUUCAACUGGAGCUCCCACCUCGCCCAGCACCGGCGCAUCCACAGCGGGGAGCGACCCUACCAGUGCCCCCAGUGCGGGAAGGCAUUCACCCAGAAAUCGAACCUGCUGCAGCACCAGGCCCUCCAUCGCCCUGCCCAGGAUCUGGCUGAGCAGCUGCAGAUGAGCCCUGUGGCUUAGGGACAGCUGGGGUCAGAGGUCAUGCCAGAGAGGAGAGAGACCCGCUUCUCAACAUGGGAUGCCUGGAGUUAAAGGUCUGACAAUGGCUGACACCCAGGACUUCCCCACAGCAUGGACACGCCAACUAGACCCCACUCGGACGUGCUGCCAGGGGAUGGAGAGUGAAUUAAACAGGCUUCCAGAGGAGAGUUAUUUGCUGGAGUCAGGAGCUGCGGACUUUAUUAAUAAAGAGUGUAAAUUAA